CGGUCGAUUAUAUUUCACGGCUUACGUUGCACUAUACUGUACGAAGUAUUUCCUCGUGUGAGUAGGAACUUGUUCAACUCGCCAUUUUUCUUACAUUUCGCAUUAAAGUGAAGAUAAAUUGUUGAAAACCGUUUCAAGAUGGCAAAGGCAAAAGUUGGUAAGAAGACUACAGGCAUUGCUAUGGAGCUGCCGGAGUGUCCAGUGUGCUUUGAAACUAUGUCUGCUCCUAUAUUUCAAUGUCAGUCAGGACAUAGCCUUUGCAAUUCCUGUACAAGUAACUUAUGUCCUCCAAUUUGCCCUAUAUGUCGCCAAGCAAUGACUCAAAUGAGAAAUUUAACACUUGAAGAUGUUAUUGCUAAGGCAAAUGUGCCGUGCCCAAACAAAUCCUUGGGUUGUGUUUACACCAUGCUUACUCAAGAAGUAGAUGAUCAUCUAAAAGAGUGUAUAUUUCGAGUUAUGACUUGUCCACUUGGUGCUGUUUUUGGCAAAUGUUCUUGGACAGGAAAUCUUAAAGAAAUGAUGGAUCAUUUCAAAGACCGUCACCCUCAGCACUGCAACAUUAACAUGGAAACAGGUGUAGAACUGAACAAUGUUUCCAUUAAUGAAGAUGAGCGUUUUCUGUACUUAGCUCAACAAGGCAAUCUACUUUUCAUUGUCACCAUGAAGAUUGAUACUUUACAAAAAGUAGCUUAUUGGGUUGUGCAGCACAUUGGCAGCAAGAAAUCUGCACAACAGCAUAUUUAUGAGGUUCAUAUAACUAGUAAGCAAGAUCCCCGAAGGCAAGUGAUAUUUAUUGAUCACUGUUAUAAUGACAUUUUAUCAGCAGAUGCUGUUUACCGUCUUGGCAAAUGUGGUAUUUUACCAUUAGAUAUGUUUUCGCAUUUUAUUCAUAACAAAAAAUGUUCCUUUAAGUUUGUCAUUAAAAAAGGUACACCCAAACCUAAAAAGUUUGAUAAGUCCAAUACUAGUAAUGAAAAUAAGCAGCCAAAUGCUCCCAAGCAUCCCAAACCAAAAGCUGGUUUUACUCAACGUAAUAAGAGCCCAGGUCCUGCAAAGCACCAUAAUGUGGGUUCUAAAAAGUGAAAUAACUUACUUUAUUCUUUACAUCAGCAUAAAUAUGAAUAAAAACCAUUUAAUUU